AUGGAUCCAUCCGAUGACUGGUCCCAGCGCGCGGACUCGGGCCGCGGAGAUCCCGCCCCACCACUUUCCACUCCAUCUACUCCUCCCGUUGCCAAAACUCGAAAGUACCAGGCCUACGUCGCCUCGGAAUCCGGUAGCUGUCAGCGCUCGGGAGACAGUCCCCGUUCAGAACCGGCCGAGUAUUGGGAUGAUGAGGAAGAGGACGAUUGGGCGGACGAUUCUGGCGACGCUAUCGGUCCUGACGACUCCGCAUCUAUUCGCAUCAACAGGCAGCGCCAGCAGACGAGGCCUCCUCCACCAGUGCGCCACGAUUGCUCGCCCCCGCGACCCCAGCACCAAUUUCCGAGUGUGCCGGGGCCCCCAUCCUCCGUUUUGUCGGACGAUGAACCUCCUUAUUACGGUCCACAAGGCCACAACGCCUCCCGUUUUCCACAUGGCUAUCGGGAGUCUUAUGGGCGUGGUGUGCGGGCGCAUCGUCUGGUAAAUCCGUCUGCCCCUCUUCACGACCGAUUCACGCGAGCACCGGCACUUCCGGCCGACGGAUAUUACGCUCCCGGUUAUAGACAAACUACCGGAUACAGUCGAUUUUCGCGGUACAAUCCGGGGCAUGGGCAAUCUUUCGGGUAUUCUCACCGGUCUGCUCCGUGGUAUGGACCGCGUCCGAGUUACCCCCAAUCGACUGCGUCUGGGUACGGAUCUCCUCUCAGGCACAACAGUCAAUAUCCUGGGAAUCUGCCUGCUUCGGGGGACUACUUCAACACCGGGGCAUAUCCAAGUCAAGGGACGUACUAUGGUGGCGAUCCGAGAGGAUACUAUGGCGACUUGAGGGGAUACUAUGACGACCCGAGGGGAUACUAUGGCGAUCCGAGGGGAUACUACGGCAGUCCAGCCAUCGGCGAAUACAACACGACGCCCUGCGAGGUGGGCAAGAAUCCUUUCGCGCCUCCCAGCUCCCACUUCAAUAUUCCACCUCCCCCUCCCCCUCCGGCAGAGUUUCCCACCGCAGCACCCCCUGCUCCUCCUCCAAUGACCCCGCCACCGCCGCCACCGCCUAGGGCGGAAGAAUACCAGACUACCAGCUCCGCCGGCGAGGCCGCUGCCGUCCCUCAAGCGCCCACCUGCACGGGGCUUGACAUCCAGGCGCCGCAGAGGCUGACGUUCGACCCGUUAAUUGCUCAGACGGUCUCUCGCAUAGUUCGCACAAUCGAGGUUACGGUAGCGCCACACGGGCUGGAGAAGCCGACUUUGGCGGCGACGGAGCCGACGGCAAUGGCCUGGCUGCAGCCCCACACGAUAUGCAAGGAAGAUAGCGCGACGACCGAGUUGCUGGCAAUUCAAGCAUUGGAACACUUUGAAGAUGGUAGUGGUCGGAGCAACGUUACUCUUGUUUCCAUGCCGGAGGCUGUAACAGAGGCGAAGAAGCAGACAUCAGUGAUUCAGAUGAGAUGGCUCCAUGCCAAACGACAAGCACUCUCGCUGGAUUACCUCGUCCGGCUCAUCUCCCAUUGCCCGUCGGACAUUUUGUCUUACGACCUGAAGCAGGUGGCUUUGUCUCUGCUUGAAGAUGGCUGUCAGAGUCUACAGCAUCGGGUUGACAACGGCAAGAUGAUCGAGGCCGGGGCCAUGCUGCGCUACACUGGCAUCUAUGCGGAAGAUGCCAAGAAAGAGACAGACCCUGUCAUUUUCUUGUCUGUCCCGUAUCUACUGCUCAAGGAGAAGACGCGGCCCGUCGCGGGGCAGGAAGGGUUCGAGUCCUUGACGCUGCUUCAGUUUCUCUAUGGCUACGUCUUGGGCGACGAGCCGGAGGGCAAGCAGGUUGUGAAUAAGAUUAAUCGCUCCCUUGCGAGGAAGAUGGUUCACGUGCCGCAACUCUGGUGUCUGCUGAUUGGGCCUAGCAUUCUGGUGACUCUAGCAGACUGUGCUCUCACCGAGAUUCAACACGGCGGAAUCGCAAUCGAUCGACGGCGUUACAGUGCCCGUGGAGACUCCUGCCUCGUCCGAGUGACAGAUCUGGACGAGGAGGAGAUCAAGUUCGUCAUCCCGCGUAACUGUAGUCUCUUGACACUGACGACUCAACUCGCCCUGCUAGUGAGGAGAAAAUACUCACUCGACCAAUUUGAUCUGCUGGGCGAGCACGGGCAGCCACUGGAUAGCGAAGCCUGGAUUUCGCUGAUGUCUGAGGCCCCCGAAGAAGUGAUGAUGCUCAUCCGAGCCAAGGGCUGGAAGAAAGCAAACGAGUCUGAGCGGGCUCAGGCCGCGUCUCAAGCCACUCCUUCACAAUAUGGAAUAGUUCCAUAUAGGCAGUCCUAUCGCAACUACUUCCCCAAUAUGAUCCAGUCUGCGUCGGCUCAGCAAUUCAUGCCCUCUUAUCCACCUCCCAACUUCCCUGCCGAUCUCUACAGACAGCCUGGACCCUACAACACCUCUGCUGCGAAUCCCUUCUCUCCUCUGAGAUCCUACCAUGCCAAUCCGUUCACGCCAAUGUCGGCCGCCGCAGCCAACCCAUUCACGCCAAUGUCGGCCGCCACAGUCACUCCAUUCACCCCAAUGUCGGCCACCACGGCCAACCGAGUCGUGCCCAUCUCAUCGUCUCGCGCGUACACAACUGCGCCGCCGGCAUCAGACAACGAGAUGCAGCCCUAUCGAGCCCCUUCAGGUGAAGUCGGCACACCCAUAUCAAGAGAAAUCUACCGACAGCGAGCAGCUAGCAAGUCUUCCGAAAAACCACAAGCGCCGCCGGGAAAGAUGGAAGGCCGCGCAGAUGUGCAUACCACGAACAAGAAGGUGACGAAAUCGAAAGUGAUGUUUCGGCUGGCAACGACUACCGAUGACUCCGAGUCGGAGCCGGAGGACGCGCCUCAAGCUGUACAGAAUCAUGGCUCCGAGAAAGCAGAGAUCGGCAACUCGGUCGGCGCGGAGUUCGACUACCCUCCGCCCGCGGUUGAUCCAGGAAUCGCGAGCCGUCGGCGGAUGACGGACAUCCUGCUGGGAGUGGAAACUCUUUCCACCCCCGACGCCCAUCUGCGAACGACGGAAGACAAUCGCAUCAUAAGAUUCAAGGAAGAGGAGAAAAUUUCCAAUAAUCUCUCGCUACAAACCCCCCGACUGUACGAUCAAAAGCCCAAUGCGUCGGGAGCUGGACACGAUGCAACCGACAAGCACAAGGACGACACUUCUAGUCUGUCGGGAGACUCCGUGGACUUUCAGAUUACUGCCUGCUCUUCGGUCGAUGACAACCAUGAAGUGGCGGCUCAGAACGAGGGACAGGCUGGUGAGGAGGAUGACGUGGUACAGCUCAAGGCAGUCUGGGUAUCGGACCCCUCUCGCGUUGAUCCAGAGUCUUUGAGAAAGUCUGAAGAAGACGGAAGUGGCAAAGAGGCUCGCGUCGAAAAGCCCCACGAUGAAGCAUCUCGCCCGCAUGAGGGCAAGGCCCGAGGACAAUCGAAGGAGCCAUCUAACAACGCAAGAAUCACCAAGCUGCCGUUCUUCACCUGGAAAACCUCCCUCUGCGAUGCAAAGGAUGACUCCAUGAAAGAUACCGUCAUCAACCGGCUUUUAGAAAACGCCAAUGAAAACUUGGUUGCGCGCGAGCUCGUCGGGAAGCUUUACGACAAGGCAUACAUGUGUUCGCCUCUCCAUUUUGAAGAGCGACAUCACGACUGGAUGAAGCUACCGUCGCCGGCUCUGUCGCCCAUGGACGACUUGCUGAGUCAAUGUGUCGAUGAGCACAUAUCGGUUGCGCUGCCGACGGACGUUGGUGGUCCUACCGAGAUCACCUCUCAAAUUGCCGUGGAAUGUACGGACGGCAUGAUGGAUCAUGUGUCUACAGCGGAGACUAUCGACCAAGAAUUUUAUUUAGAUGGCACCUUUAUACUGACUCAUGAUGGCGAUGAAGAUGAGGAUAGCGAGAACCGCAGUGUCCAGACGCCAGUGAGCUCUUCGUGCCAUGUACCCAGCAACUCGAAGUCAGGACCAGACUUGGACAGACGACAUCAAGCCGCACGUAAAAUCAGAAAGCCUAGUCGGAAACAUGUGAAAGAUGCGGUGAGAGUGGAACCAAAGAUGCUCGCCGAUCUCUCCACAGACAUCUUUGGGCUAUUCAUCCCCGCCGAGCUGUGGACCAUCCAUCCUCUCACAGAGAGAUAUUGGGGCUCGCUCGAUAGGAUAUUCAGGCAAAUUAAAUUUGCCGUUGAAGAUAUUGACUCUAAACGACUGCAGAAGUGGUGCAUCUGCAAGUUCCACAUCACGCCCAGCCCUUUAGUCCAGAACGGGGAAUCAUCCAAGCCCAAGCCGUCGCCCAUGGCCUUCGGCGAAUGCACCGACUGCACCAAGUCCCGUACUUAUGAUACAGCCUAUGAGGCCCUGUCUCACAUUCAUCAGCUCCAUACGAACUGCCCUGGCGAGACCCGAUACAAACAUGUCUUCGACGACCCCUGCUACGUCUGGCUCCGUGCAACUCACCGGAAGCAUGACGGCAGACGCUACAACGAGAUCGCGCGGCUCACGCAAAAUUUUAUUAGCGAGUUGCGCGGCCUUUGCCACCGGGCCACUGAUCUGCAGCUUGCCGUCGCGAGCGUAGAGGGUGCCAGUAGCGCAUCCGCCUCGAUGCCGAGUAGCAGCAGUGCAACACCUUCUCUAACGAAGGACCUCGUUGACGCCUUCGAGGACAUCGUCAUGGCCCACAUCAUCAAGGCGAAGCAACUCUCCCUCGCAAACCAGUGGAUGUUUGAUGAUCACGAUCCCAACAAUGGAGGAGCCGGGCCCGCCUCUACGAGCUCGGCUCGUCGAACACCGUCGGCGGAAUUUCUCGCCAAGGUCGAGGACAUGAUCCGCUGCGGCGCCGAGUGCCUCGCGCGGGCACACCGGUCCCUCGACCAUGCCCGUACCAACCUCAUACUCCUCAGUACCAGGACCGCGAUGGGGGCCAAAAUCAGCCUCGACUACAUCGGCAUCGAGUUCCUCGUCGCCGUCCUCAUCGGCCACCUCCAGCACCAAGGGAUCAACGCCGAGUCACAUCCGGAGACCCUCCUCGAGCUGUACCAAAAGUACACGGCCAAGCUACAGUUCGAAGCCAACCGCAAGCCCCGCCGCCGGGUUUUCCUCGAUAUCCAAACCCUGCAGGAGGAGCUCGACGCUCUCCGCAACGUGAUUGACUCCCAGCAGAAGCUUCUUGGCAACUACCGCGACCUCACGGCGCCGAGGCUGUCCGAGACGAUGAACUCCUCGCGCGAGAACCUAUACCCGCUGGAGAGCCAGCACAUUGAAAAGCUAAUGGCCGGGUUAAGUCAGCGCGACUUCGAGGUGCGGGCCCUCCUGGGACGGUCGCAGAGGCUAAGAGAACAGGUCAAGCAGAGCAUCGAGAUCCUCGAGGAGGGACACGGCAAGGCCAUCCGAGUGUUUACGAUUGUCACAUUGUUCUUUUUGCCGUUGUCGUUCGUCUCAAGCUUCUUCGGCAUGAAUGUCGCGGAUAUCAGGGAAACGAAGAGAAACCAGCCGCUCUUCUGGUCCAUCGCACUUCCAGUCACUCUGGGUGUGCUGGCCAUUGCAUUUCUGUAUGGCUACAAAUGGGAUUCUAUGGUUGGCUGGUUCGAGCGCUUGCUUGACGGUAUUCGCGAGAGCCGAAAGGCCCAAUACAAAACAGCCGCAGACACCCGUGUCAAGCAGCCGCUGGCCCUCUCUCGCGGUUCGAGACAGCAGGAGGGGAAGCAAACAGGCGCGCAGACCGAAAAGACUUCUCAGUGGUCUUGGAAGCAAGUCGAACAGGAUUAUCUCCGAUUUAGAAUGCCAAAGAGGACAGCGACCAGCAAGACAAUCGGGGAGUAG